AUGGCGGCGGUGGCGGAGGGAUCGGCAUCUGCGGCGGCGAAGGAGGUGGAGUACCAAGCGGGCGUGCAGAAGCUGGUGGACCUGCUGUCCAAGCUGAACCCGGCCGCCAAGGAGUUCGUCCCCUCGGCGGCCGCGUCGCCACCCAAGAAGGCGCUGUCGGCGGAUGCGCCGGUGUUCGAUUACCACUCCAUCGGAGGCGCGAAUGGGGCCGCCGACGCGGCCUUUUACGUUGGGUUUGGGAACCAGCACCGCAGGAGGGGGAAUGGAUACAUCAACCAAGGAAGGAGGAGGACAAAUGAUAGGGUGAGGCGUGCAGAGAGAGAGGACAGCAUUAGGCGAACUGUUUAUGUCUCUGAACUUGACCAUACUGUGACAGAGGAGAGACUUGCCGAUAUCUUUGCUACCUGUGGGCAAGUCGUUGAUUGCAGAAUUUGUGGUGAUCCCCACUCAGUUCUUAGGUUUGCAUUUAUUGAGUUCUCUGAUGAAGAGGGCGCAAGAACUGCACUUAACCUUGGAGGCACAAUUUUUGGUUUCUACCCUGUUAGAGUUUUGCCUUCGAAGACAGCUAUCUUACCUGUUAAUCCAAAGUUUCUUCCCAGGACGGAAGAUGAGAAGGAAAUGGUCAUGCGAACUGUCUAUUGUACAAACAUAGAUAAGAUGGUUACUCAAUUAGAUGUAAAGAAAUUCUUUGAAGAACUUUGCGGUGAGGUCUCUCGGUUGAGACUUCUAGGGGAUAAUGUACAUUCCACAAGGAUUGCUUUUGUUGAGUUUGUCCAUGCUGAGGGUGCCAUCAUGGCUCUGAAUUGCAGCGGGAUGAUUUUGGGAACUCUGCCUGGUGAGCCCUUCUAA